AUGGCGGCGCUGAAAGUCGACACGGCAGGCACACCGCAGCGACCUCGCAGCGUGCGGACUGUUCGCACUUUUGCCUCCGCCGAUGACGACGUUUCAAACGGCAGCGAAUGGGCGCGUACUGUGAAGGAUCCAUGGGAUCCUGCAAUUCUUACGCUAGAUGGCGGCGGAAUUCGCGGCUACUCGAGCCUCCUGAUGGUCCAACAGCUCAUGCACGAGAUAGCAGAAUGGGAGCGUAAGCUGGAAAUGGAAGAGGCAGCAGAAGCAGCCACCCGGCGGAAAGAUGGCACCUCCACGCCGCCAUUCGAACCCCGUGAAUUCAACGAGGACGAGCUGCUACCCGCGCACUACUUCGAUUUCAUGUACGGAACAAGUACAGGAGGUCUGAUAGCAACGAUGCUAGGCCGGUUACGCAUGAGCGUACCGCAGUGCUUGGAGCUGUACCGGCAGGUUGGCAAUGAUCUCUUCGGUACACGUCGCAGCGUAGUACCUCUGACGACCAAGUAUCGUCACAAGCCCUUGGAAGAAGCCGUCAAGGAGAUUGUUAAACGCCACUGCAAGACGCAUCCAAAUGGCACUUGCGAUGGGAACGAUUGGUUUCCAUGGGACGUUGAGGAAGAAGAAGAUCAAAUCAAUUCUCUGGUACUACGUCCCGGAGAGCAAAUAUGCCACUCAAUCUGCCUUACCGCAACACACAAUGAGCGUGUGAACGAGGCGCAUCUCUUGCGCACUUACAACCACCGAUACGUUAAUAUUCCCAACUAUAUCACCCUCUACAACGAAGGCGCAGACAAGCUCAGGAUCUGGGAAGUCACUCGUGCCACGUCGGCGGCGCCCUUCUACUUCAAGAUCCUGGAGGCCGACAUCCGCGGCGAGAUGAUGGGGUUCAAGGAUGGCGGGAUCCGUGAGAACAACCCGGCGGGCGCGGCGUGGUCCGAAUUCGUGUCACUGUACGGCGAGCACCGCGACCCAGCGUUGCUGCUAUCGCUCGGCACGGGGCGACCGGACGAGAGCGCGGACGGUUUCGCGAGUGCAUGGCCAGGGCCGUUUGGCAACAGCCGGGCGAUGAAGAAGGUGGCGGAGAAGUUCGCCGUGUUCAAGAACGUGCUGAUCAAGUACACCGAGGGCGAGGAGCAGCACCGCGCCAUGGUGCGCAUCGCCAAGGGCGAGAACACGUGGUACAAGCGACUCAACGUCGACAAGGGGCUGGAGAAGAUGAAGCUAGACAACUGGGAGAAGGGCGCGUGGGGCGGCCCGGGGGCCUUUGCGGCGGCGGCGGCGACGGCCACGGCCGUGGCGACGGCCCCGGCGACCAAGACGACGACGGCCAUCGCCUCGUCCUCGGCGCCAGCCAUCCUGGCCAGCUCCACGGCCGCGGCGCUUCGCGACCAGCGCGUGCCGCGCGCGGACACGGGGACGGACCGGAGGCGCUUGAACUUUGAAAUCCCCAUCACCAUCAAGUCCAGCGUCGACGGCGUCGACGACGUCAUCGACGAGGACCCAAUGUCCUCCGGAACGCUUCCAUCCACAUCGUACGACAGCCUCUCCAACAGCAACAACACCGCCGCGGCCACCGCAUCAAAUAGCCAGCAAGACCAGCAGAACUCAUCCCAAAAAGACAAAGACGCCGCCCCAUCAGCCAACAAGAACAACAAAACCAAAAACACCAAAAAGCCAAAGAAACAACAGCAACCCAAACCCAAGCCCAAGCCCAAGCCCGUCCCCGGCGGCCGCACGCUCACCGCCAUGGAAGACGCCACGGCCGCGUACCUCCACCGCCCCUUCGACCACAAGUACGACACGUACGCGCCGCCCAUGGUGAAAGUGCGGCAGGCGGCCGAGAAGCUCGUGCGCCAGCGCCGCGCGCGCGAGCGCGCCGCCCACGAGGACCCCAUGCGCUGGGACACGUACAUGGGGCGGUGGCUGACGGGCAGCUAUGCGGACGAGGCGGAUGGGGUGGUGAGGUGGAAGGAUGGUGGUGGUGGUGGUGAGGGGGGGAUUGGGGGGAGGAUGAGCUUGAGGAGCUUGAGGAGUGUGGGAGGGAAGGGGGAGGGGGCGAGGAGGGGGAGUGGGGAGGAGGAGGGGGAGGGGGAGGGGGAGAGGCAGGGUGGUGGGGAUGCUGCUGCUGCUGCUCAAGCGUCGGGAGAGCGGCUGGUCGGAGAUCAGGGGAGUGGGAAAGGCAGGUAG